UGGACCCGUGUGGUGGGCGUGUAGAGGCACGAGCGCAGCGCUGAAUGACGUGCGUGAACACAGCGCGACCAUCUCGUUUGGCUGUCACUCGGACUUUAGCUGUAAUGACAGAGCUAUAACUACGCACAACUAGCGCUAUGAAACAACCUUUUACUACAAAAGCAGAGUUUGGGGCUCUGUGAGACUGCGAAGCAGCGUUAAUCCUGAAAUGAGCAGCGGCUAAUCCCGGUGAGUGAGAGUAAAGGACGGCGGCGCGCGCUCAAGUCCACAGCUCCACAUUCAGACAUCAUCAGAGCUCUACACAUCCAGACACAUCAACCACCAUCUGAACCAAGAUGCACACCACAUCUGGAUGACAACAAGAUGGCUAGUGGCGUUGGAAAGCACAAGUUACUGGUCAUUGGUCCAACGGAGCCAUGGUCAGUGAGAGAAAAGCUUUGCCUGGCUACAUCGGUGAUGAAAAGUGGAGACCAGAAUUGGGUUUCUGUUAGUCGUGCAAUUAAACCAUUUGCAGAACCUGGAAGACCACCUGACUGGUUUUCGCAAAAGCAUUGUGCAUCAAAAUACUCAGAGCUCCUCGAAACAACAGAAGCACCAAAACGUAAGCGUGGGGAAAAAGGUGAGAUUGUGGAAACGGUGGAGGAUGUGAUUGUGCGCAGACUGACGGCAGAGAGGAUUGAUGAGCUCAAAAAGCUGAUUAAAGAAACUCAGGAGAAGCACAGGAAGCUCAAAAGGGAGGCAGUUCUUAUUCAGGCGGGCCACCUCGAUUUAAAACUAGAAGAUUUGUGGGAAGACAUCCAACAGAAGAAAAAAGAGGAAGAGGAGGCAGCUGAGUUAAAAAGAAAGGCCACUGAUACUGCUUACCAGGCCAGACUGGCAUUAAAGUUAGCUCCCAAGCGUAUUUCUGGAGUUACCAUAAAUUCACCUACAGGCUGUGGAUCCCCAAACCAGGAGUUAUCACCUGGGGACCCACUUGAAUGCCUAACUUCAGAACUGGCCUCUCCAAAAAGUGCUUUAGGAUCAGCUCAGUUGAUCUCACUGGGUUGUUCUGGAUCUGGUGCAGAUGAAGGCUGCCAUCCUUCAGUCCUGGAUGAGUCACAAAAAAAGCUCUUGGUUCAGAAAGCCACACCUCCACCUUCUCCUCUUUUGUCUGAGCUCCUGAAGAAAGGAAGCAUUUUGCCCACAAAUGCCAGACUGAUUGGAGAUGGGGAGCUCUCUGCUAUUCACAUGGUGGAUUCAGGAACACCACCUGGUCUUCCACUGCCUCAGGUCCCAGGUGCACCGAUGCUGUCUCGUCUGCUGGAGGCUGGACCCACUCCGUUUUCAGCCCCAUUAGGUUUCAUGGUCAGUGGAGACAGUGCGGCCUCUGCUGCCUCUCCUGUUACAGAAGACACAGAUGCUUCAGCAUGUACAGGGCAAAAUGCAAUGCCCUCUAUGGGCUCUGGGUGCAGAAGGGCCACUCCUGAAGUGAAGGAGUCUGAACUAAGUGAGGAGGAUGUGAACGUAGCAUAUAUGGGAGAUGAACUGGAUUUAAAGACAGUGGGAGAUAUCAUUGCUAUUAUUGAGGACAAGGCCGACGAGAGUGCAGAGGCACUGGAUGCAGCGGCUGUGGAAGCAGCUCUGUCUCUGUGUGAAGAGAGUGGGCACACUCUGGCUGCUGCCUGGGCCUCAGGGCCUUUCCAGCCUCAGGACAGUGGCCCAACAGCGCCACCUACAGUGACUCCUGGAGCUUCACAGUGUUCAUCUCAUCAGAGCAGCACAGUGGCAAAGACUGAACUGUUACUAGCAAACAGAGGGCCUUCUGCUGAACAUGCAUCUCUGUGCAAUAGUCAAGAUAACUGUCCUAGAGCUUUACCCAGAGGACUAAAAGGCCUCCCACAAACAUCAUUGUCUCCAUGCAACUCUUCUCAUUCUGAAGCAGAGAGAAAGCCUGCUGAUGAUAUGCUGCAGGUUAAUCAAAUCUCAACUAAAAUAACCAUUAAAUGUGAGGGUGAGAAGUGGACACAACACCGACUUGACAAAGGUCAUGGAGCAGACUCAUUAUUAGAAGAUAGCCCUCUGACAGAAAGGAGUCUCAAGGGGAAGAAGGUGAAAGAUGAAGCAUGCUUUGACACAGCACAAGCAGACUGUGAGAGCACUGGUGCUGAAGACUGUGGGGUCAAAGGGGAGGAGGAUGAGGCCUUUCUCUCAGAGCUAGAGGGUGAUAUGGAGCUUGAGCCUGCAGCAAGUGAGAGUGAAGAUGGAUACAGUCUCACGGCUUCCUCCUCUCUCCAACUCAACACAACUGCAGACUCCAUCCCCAGUAGCCCUGCCUCCUCUCAGUUUUCAAUGUGCAGUGAGGAUCAGGAGGCAUUACAAGCGCACAAGAUUUGGAAGAAAGCCAUUAUGUUAGUGUGGCGUGCAGCAGCCAAUCACAGGUACGCCAAUGUUUUCCUGCAGCCAGUUACAGAUGAAAUAGCACCCGGAUACCAUAGUAUUGUGCACAGGCCCAUGGAUCUCGCCACCAUCAAAAAGAAUAUUGAGACAGGUUUGAUCCGGACCACGGCAGAGUUUCAGCGGGACAUAAUGUUGAUGUUCCAAAAUGCGGUCAUGUACAACAGCCUGGAUCAUGACGUGUACCACAUGGCUCUGGAGAUGCAACGGGACGUCCUGGAGCAGGUGCAGCAGUUUCUGGCCACACAGCUCAUCAUGGAGACUAGCGAGUCGGGCAUCAGCGCCAAGAGCCUGCGGGGGGGCCGAGAGAGCACACGCAGACAGGACUCCACUGACAAGGACUCUGUUUCCAUGUCCUCUCCUGCCUUUCUUCUUUCUCUUUUUGAUGGAGGCACUAGAGGGAGACGCUGUGCCAUGGAAGCUGACCUCAAGAUGAAGAAAUGAAUUGUGGGAAAUGUUGGCUCACAGUAUCACUCAAGUUGAGCAGUGAAUAAUAGUGCUGCAUGGAUGCUCCUUUUAAUGCAGUUUUUGUAACAUGGCGUGUUAUCAUUUAUUUGCACUCUAAAAUCAAUGGAUAGACUAUAAAUGUAUAAUUUAAGUCAUCCAUGUACAGGGCUUACUAACAGAUUAAUCCAAUGUUACUAAGGGGCAUUUAAUACUAAAUCUUUAACAGAGCUAUUCAUUAAUUUCCUGAGCCUCUGUAAAAGGUUAUAAAGGAUUUGAGUAAUGUGGUGAUUUAGAAAGAAUCAUGAGGCCAAAGAACACAAUAUAAUACUUGUAACCAUCACAUGAAAUACACUAUUAAAUCUGCCUAUAUACACUGUGGUACUAAGUAUUUGAGAUAUUUUUGUCACUUGUUAUGUUGGUCAAUUAACCUAUGGGUGAACUAUGUCAAGUGCUUAAAUAUAUUUAUUUUGAGUGUUUCAAUAUCGCACUAUGUACUAAUCAGUAUUCUCAAUUUCAAAUAAACUUAACUUACAAUC